AUGGAACAAAUCUACGCCAAUACCAAAGACUCUCUAUUUUGUAUUAAACGUUUUCAAGAAUUACUAAAAACAAGUUAUAUAGGACGAUCGAUCGUGUAUCGGAAUCAAGUGGAAACAACAAUGGACAUUGGAAGGAGAGAGGCUGAGGAGGGUUGUUUGACUGGAACACUCAUCUUGGCAGAGGAACAAACAAAAGGAAGAGGAAGGAGAGGUAGAGAAUGGAGCAGUGCAGGGAAGGGAAAGAAUUUGUAUUUUACUAUUGUAUUUCAUGUUAGAUUGGAUAAUGCACAGGAAUUGAUAAAACUUAAUUUGGCAAUUCCUUUGGCAAUUACUAUUACUUUGAGAGAUGAAGGAUUGGAAAAUUGUGGAAUUAAAUGGCCAAAUGAUGUUUGGGUCAUUCCAAACGAAAAGGAUUCACUUCCAUCUAAAAUUAGUGGAAUGUUAAUUGAUAGUGUACAAUCUGGAGAAACUUUAUUUGCAUUGGCAGGAAUUGGAAUUAAUCUCAAUAGUUCAUUCAAGAGUACAUCACUUACCCAAGGUGAAAAUGCUCUUCCAAAUGUUGCUAUUUCAUUCCUUGAUGCUACCAAUAAGAGUGUAGAUAGAGAAAAAUUUCUUGCUCAAUUGUGUAAUACUUUGGAAAACUUAUUGGCAUUUUCACAAAAGGAUGUAAUUACUCUGUACAAAUCACAUGAUAUUCUUAUUGGAAAGGAUAUUACCAUAUCACCAUCAGAUAAAUCACCAUCAUAUACUGCCAAAGCUGUUGGUAUUUCCAAGUUUGGUAACUUGAUGGUUGAAAUGAAAGAUGGAACAGGUGUCAAGGAAAUGAUUGCUGAAGAAGUUUCCAUUCGACCAUUAGAAUAA